CACUUGGCAACGUUGCCCGCUUCCGUCUACCACCGCGCAGUCCGCUCUGCAUUGUCGCCUGAACUCCGAGCUUGAUACACGUGUGACUGGUGGAUCGCGUCGCCGAGAGGCUCAUUUGGCUGUUAUUUGUUUAUUCUUUAAGUUUAACCUCCAGAAAUCCCGUUUAACAACAAAUAACACUGCACCUUCCCAUCACCCUGAUAUCCCCUAGCCAUAAAUAUAUGGACAUCAUGGAUCACAAGCAUCAUUUAAAUGAUGACCCAAAUGUUACAUUAACUAUCAGACUGAUUAUGCAAGGAAAGGAAGUAGGAAGUAUCAUUGGAAAAAAAGGAGAAAUUGUUAAACGAUUCAGAGAAGAAUCUGGGGCCAAAAUAAAUAUAUCAGAUGGUUCCUGUCCAGAAAGGAUUGUCACAGUAACAGGAUCGACCAACUCUAUAUUCAAAGCUUUCACUUUGAUUUGUAAAAAGUUCGAGGAGUGGUGUUCGCAGUUCCAGGACAACUCAAAUAGUAGCAGCGGUGUGCCAAAACCUCCAAUUACUUUACGAUUGAUCGUUCCUGCUAGUCAAUGCGGCUCACUAAUCGGGAAGGGAGGAUCCAAGAUCAAGGAGAUCAGAGAAGUUACUGGUGCCUCUAUACAAGUAGCCAGUGAAAUGUUACCCAAUUCUACGGAAAGGGCAGUUACCAUAUCGGGAACUGCAAACGCUAUUACUGAAUGUAUUCAUCACAUUUGUACGGUUAUGUUAGAGUCCCCCCCUAAAGGAGCCACCAUCCCUUACCGCCCCAAACCUCAAGUCGGCGGUCCCGUGAUCCUAGCCGGCGGCCAGGCGUACACCAUUCAGGGCAAUUACGCUGUACCCGCACACGCUGACGUGGCAACAUUAACAAAAAAUCCACUUGCUGGAUUAGCCGCUCUUGGAUUAGGUGGUUUGGCGCCAGCGAAUACUGGAGGACUGAACCCCGCAGCUCUUGCUGCGUUGGCAGGCUCCCAACUCCGCACCACACGCAACCAGCAGAACUCGAACCAACAAACCACAGAAAUGACCGUACCCAAUGAAUUGAUCGGAUGCAUAAUUGGUAAAGGUGGCACCAAAAUCGCCGAAAUUCGUCAAAUUUCGGGAGCGAUGAUUCGCAUAUCCAAUUGCGAUGAUCGUGAGACUGGAAGUUCGGACAGAACAAUCACGAUUUCUGGAGCUUCGGAGGCCGUCGCUUUGGCGCAAUAUCUUAUUAAUAUGAGGAUUACUAUGGAAACAGCAACUUUACCAGGUCUGGCAGGAUAUCACUACAUUACUCCGCACCACAUCGUUAAAGCGCCAAUCCACUAAUCCCGUUCUUUCGAAUUACAAAUGCAUCAGAUUGUUUCAUCAUCCGAUAGCUUAAAGCAAAAAAGGAUAAAUAAAUUUUACAAUAGAAAAGAAAACAUUCUCAAAAAAAAAAUUGAAAUGUUAUACCUAGUGUUUUUGUCAGAUUUCUCUAAUGCAAUUUUUUAGAAUAAGAUUUUGUAUCGACAACGGUCAUCUGACAAAACACGUGGAAUGUUUUAUUUUAUGUUUUAUAACUAAGUUUUUUCGAAACUUUUUUUUGCACAUAACAAUAGUUUCAGGCGUUAUAUAACUUAACAGUAACAUUCUGCUGUUUUGAUAAUGCAUUGUUACUUAUGUUAUUUUUACCGGUCUUUAGUUGUGGCUCAUAUCCAAAAAUGCAUAUAUUAAUACAUGCAUUUUUGGUUUUUUACUUCUGAGUUACAAUUAAAUAGCUUGUUGUAUUAAACAACAUAAUAAGAUAUAAUGGUCGAAUCUGAGAGUGAGGUUUGAAUGUUGAAGUGGUCACUGAAUCUAGUUAACGUAAGUUUUCUCCUAAAGCCAAUUAUAGCUCAAUCACAUAGUCAAUCAAAGUAGUUAAUUAUGUUUAAAUUAUAGUUAAUAUAUUCAUGAAGUUAUCGAUAACAAGAACUACUUAUCGGAUAUAACAUAUUUAAUAAUUUUCAAUAUUUAUAAACAAUCAAGUCAAACUUCAUAUCCUUUUAUUAUAUAACAUAUCAAAAAAAAAGAAUUGAUUAUCUUAAGAUUGUGUAGAUAUCAAAUGGAAUUAUUGUACAUGUGGGCAUUGUUCUGAAAGGAUAAGCGCUAAAGUUAUUUUUAUAAUAUGAAAUAUCCCAAUAUCAAUUGCUCAAGUCAAGACUGUUUUAACUAUUACAGAGAAAAUGAACGUAAUCUAGAUUUAGUAUGUUACCGAAAAAAUAUAUUUCUUAGACAAUAUUUUGCCGCAAGUAAAAAAUUGGUACUGGGAACAAAGCCAAAGAAUUUACGUUUCAAUUUUUAUAUAUACAUGGUAUUUAUGUAGGUGUAGUUUUUGUAGUGUGUUGAUAUUUAUUAAAAUAAUUAUAUUAUAUUAUUAGGCGUGAGAAACUUAAGCUGGAGUGUUAAGACUUUAUUUGUUGAAACAAAGCUUUAAAUAAUGUUUCUGUUGAAAAACUUAAAGAGCUAUAUGGAGUGAUUUGGGCAAUUUGUGAUUAAAAACACCUUUAUAAGGUGAAAAUUCUAUGCGAGAUGAAAGUUUUGCAUUUAAAAAUUCGGGCUGUGUAAUAUAAGUAUUUUGUUACUAACUUGUAGCGUGACUCCUAUGUAAAAAUGUGCCAAAUUAUCUCUUCCUUAAGUUAUUAACCAACUCUAAAAAUGCUCACGUCACUUCAUUUUUUUUUUAGAUUUGCCUCUUAUUGUUAAUACGUAGUAGAUUAUAUAGGUUUAUUUAGAUAAUUAGCUUCUGUAUGAGAAACUUUUAACAACCAAAAAAAAUGUGUCUUUUUUUUAAUAUACUUCACAAUAUUUAUAAAUUUAGAUAACUUUGAACCAGUUGUGUAGAUGCAUUCGAAUAAAAACGCCUGGUUUAGGUAAUACGGAUAAUAAAAGGGAUAUAUCAAAUUUGGUUUCAUGUGUUAGACCCAUAUUGGUGAGUUUUAAACAUGUGGUUUAAACUUAAAGUGGAAUGUACUAUUUUCGGUUGCCUUCUUUAUUUCAUAAUAUGGACUUCCUUAGGAAGAGUACAACAAUAGCGCCAAAGCAUAAUUAAAAAGAUUAAUAUCUUGAGUAUUACCUAAACCACGUUUUAGUUCGACUACAUCGUCACUGAUUCAAAAUAAAUAUAUAAAUAUUUUUUUUUAAUUUUCAAUAUUUUACGUUUUUACAUUAUUUAAAUGGAGAGUCAGUCAUUAGUAACUUUUAGUCAAUAACUCUUACUCGAGAAUUAUUGUCUUUAAAGAAGUUUCUAAUAAAAGUUCUGCGCGAUUUAUCUGUUGUAAAUUUUAAUUAAAACAGACUCUGCUACAGAUAUCUCUUAUUAAAACUGUGGUAAAAAGAUAUUUUAGCAAGAUAUAUGUAUAGGUGUUUAUAUAUAUUAUUGCUUACUAAUAUUAUACUUUACCUUGUUGGUUUUUAUACCGAGUCCAAAUUUAAUAAUAAUUUUUGUAUCGUAUGGGUAGUUGGUUACACCAAUAUUCUAUUUUGCUGUUUAUUUGUAGAAGUUGCCUCUGAAAGGCUGCUCCGGAAACUAUUGAUCGCAAUUUUUUAGAAAACAUCGAUCUAUCGAAAUCCCUAAACGGUAUAUCAAGCUUAAAAAAUCAGUGUUUUUUGUUUUAUUUUGCCAAUUUAAUUUUCGUAUAUUUUUCAUGAACAUAUUUGCAUGCAUAUUAUAUUUCUCCGAAUUUAUGGAUUUUAAUUGAAAUGCUUUAAUUUGUCCUUAUUAUUUAUUAAAACCUAAAUGAAAUGUUAAUUUAACACAAAUAGCUAGUGUGAGAAACUGUUGCCCUUAAAAAGCGGCGUCUUGACUUUAAAUGUCUUAAUUGGUGAAAAAUACUUUUUUGCCAAUAUUUAAAGAUUUGCAUAGUCUUUUACAUAAGUGGUCUAGUCCGUGUUCCCCGGUUUUUUCUUAUUAACAGUGCUAUCAUCUCGUUCGACUCUUAAUUUGAAUCGAAUCAUCCAAUGAUCUGACGUAGUUAUGGACUCGCGUCUAUAGACUAUAAUCUACUUUGGCUCCCUCGAUCCUACAAGGUCAAGUAUGUCAAGCGGCAGUAAUAUUUUGUAGGUUAUGUAAUUAUUUUUGAGUUGCUUCUAUUCGAGUUGUUUCUUGUAUUGUGGCUACUAAAUUCUCAUAAAAUGGAGCAUACAUGCACGAUAUGCACGUCAAUAUUUUCCAAUUUUUCUAAUUUAAGAAAGCACUUGAAAAAGUUUCAGUGAUCAGCAAUAAAAAUCUAUGAAAAACAUAUGCUUCAAGUCCAUAGUAUACCUGGGUGAAAUUUGAUGACAUGCCGUUUUAAAUUAGCAUAUUUGGAAAACCUUUUCAUGCAUUUAUUACACAUUGCAACACAUUUGAAAGUUUUGUUAGUACCGAUAAGUAAAUAAAUCUAGUAUAAAUACAAUAAUAGACAAAAAACUAUGUGGGUUAGAUUGGAGCAGUUUCGGGCAUGGACUGGGUUCAUAUCUGUACAUUCCAAUUUUGCCUGCUUUUAGAGAACAUAAAAGUUGUAUUGCAGUAGUCGGCAGCAGUGUUUAUUUGCCAGGGAUUGCUUUAAUACAGAUUACAUAUUAUAUUAAAUAUCGCUAAGAAGAACGAAAAUUUGAAAUGUCGAGGUGCCCCAUGUCCAAACCUGCCCUACUCUAUCCUAGCUAUACAAUAAAAGUACCUAUAUUUAAUACUAAACUUAAAUCAACUUACAUGGAUGAAACUUUUUCAAGUGCUUUCUUAAAUUAGACAAAUUGGAAAAUAUUGACGUGCAUAUCGUACAUGUAUGCUCCAUUUUAUGAGAAUUCAGUAGCCACAAUACAAGAAACAACCCAAAAAUAAUAAUUACAUAACCUACAAAAUAUUACUGCCGCUUGACAUACUUGACCUUGUAGGAUCGAGGGAGCCAAAGUAGAUUAUAGUCUAUAGACGCGAGUGUAGUUAUGUCAUUCGAUACUUCCAGUUUGUUCGAUACCUUCCAGUUACGUUGGCUGAGUGUCUCCAUUGUAAAGGCCCAUACAGACUUGCACACGCAUGGGUGAAGCUUCGCAUAUUCGCCAUUCACGCUCAGAGCAUUGGUUGAAAAGACAAAUCUUCGCAUAUGCUUGCGUGCUCAAGUCGCUCCAUCUAUUUGUGAAAAAAUGUCCGAAGUUUUGCUUAUGGUUCGUGCUGCGUUUGUGCUUAUUAUAAGUCUAUUAAAAAAGAAAAAAUAAAAGAAAGAUGGCGAUGGUGAAAGACGUAUUUAUGUAAAAAAGAAGAACUCUACAAAUGAGGUCCGAUUUACUUACUAUCAGAUUAGGCUUUAGUACCUGAUACCGGACAAUUUCAAAACUUUACACGUAUGUCAGUAGAAGACUUUGAACACCUUUAAGUAAUAUUUUUUUUUGUUAAUAGGAAAUUUAAAAAAAGUUUUUCUAUAUUAAUCAGCUGUGUAUAUCUGAUAACAUAUUAUAACAUUUUAAUUUUUUUUCAACUGACCACUAUUAUGGCGGGAACUGAAAAAAGUAAUAUAAAAGGUCAAAAAAUAAGGUUGAUUGAAACGAGUACGCCAUCACUUCUAAAGUGAUUUUCCCAGUUUUUUAAUUUUCACCAAAUUUGUUUAUUUUUGUUUAAAAUUAUCUAUUAGGUUCCUACCAAAUGAUUUAUAGUGACAAAGCCGGAAUAAGAAUACUUAUAAACACAGUAUGUCAAUAAAAUCAUAAUUUCUGAUAUCUUCAUGUAUUGUUUUGAAAAUCAAUCAAUGGGCAUAAAAUGAAAUUCGUAACACGUUUUUCUUAAUAACUUCUUUCGAUAUUCACCUAGCCUUAGUUUUUACAUUAUACAUAUAUUUUUUCAAAUUUCAACAACAUGUUUUAUAGAUUCUCGGAUAUUCACCACGGAUUCCCGUCAAUCCGUUUUCUAAUUUUGCCUUUCAAUUUGUUAAUAAUAGUGUAUUUAUUUAGCUUGAGCUACAAAAGGUAAUACAUAAUAUAUAGAUAGGGGAAGUGUGCCUGUGAUGGACCCCUUAAGAAAUUAUUGUUACCAUUUCUUUAGUUUUGUUGUUUCCAUUUUUUUUUUUAUACAAAAAUCAAUCUAUCACUGGAUGUCAAAUAUAGGAAAGAGUGAAUUUUGUAUUAAUAUAUAUAUUUUUUUAAUAAUGAACGCCUUUAAAAAAAAAUAUGAGGGAUCCAUCAAUGGCACAUUGUGUGCCCAUGUUGGCCCCUGUUGUAAAUAAAUAUUAUUUUAUCUUAUUAACUUCUUUUUUAAGCUUUAAUAAAAAAAAUAAUUUGUGGGGUACAAAAAUAUACAUAUAAACUCAAAAAAUUAAGUACAUGAUUCACAAAUAAAUGAGUUGCAACGGUAACUAACACCCGUACACUCAAUGUGGCACCACGAUUUACAUACUCGACAGCGAAUCCACUUUUCUUUGCUACGUGAGUGAGAGAAUAACUCGUUGCAGUAAAUGCAACUGGCAUCAUAUGUAUCUUCUUUUUUUUUUAAGGAAUUCCUCCAAGAUAGACUCAUCUUUGUCAGAACUGUCAUUUUCAAUGACAAGUUGCCGUUUUACUGUUGUUGUUUUCUUAGUUUCGUUUCCUUUUCAAUAACUUUUUCUUUGAGUUCUUGAAUUUCUGGAGCGGAAUUGAAAUAAGCAGUUUUUGCACGAGUUUUGCAUUUUCUUUUUUCAACGCCCCCAGGUACCGCUUGAGGUGGACGUAAAAUUUCUUUCAGUGACACAUUUAAAACUGAAGAUGAUGAGGUGUUAAGACCAGAAGUACUUGAUUGAUUUUUAAUGUCUAACUCGAUGGUACUGAGUUGAGCCUCCAAUGGAAUCUGCCUAUCCGUUGCUAAAGCUGGUGCAAACUCCCAAUCUUCAAAAAUAUCGGGAUUAAAAGGAUGAAUUCCCGUCUUUUUAAAUGAAUUUAUUGCGUUAGAUGAAAUAGCACUCUUCAAAAAGGUUCGAUUAAGAAGGCUUGCUAUUUUAUAUUUUGUGACUGCCUUUCCUGGGUUUUGACGCAGCCAUAAUUGGAUUUCCUGGUCAAAAUAGGUGUGAAGAGGACGAAAGAAUCCGACAUCUAAUGGUUGAACGUGAUGGGAACAGUGCGCCGGAAAACAAAAUACUACAACCCCGUUUUCUUUAGAAAACUGUUUAUAGACAUGGCUUCUGGUGGCCAUCUAAAAGUAAAAGAACCUUGUUCUCAUUAGAUGCUUUUGAAUACCUUACAAAGUGCAUUAGCCAUUUACAAAAAAUUUCAGUGUUCAUCCUUUUUCCUGCACAAAAGCUAUGCUACCAGCGGGAGCACCAUUCAUAAGCUCAUCAUUCAUUCUUUGAUGAGGAUAAAUAAGAGCAGGUGGAAUAUAAGUACCUAUGGCAUUCAGUGCGCACACUACAGUGACGUGUUGCCCCCGCUCUGCACUGCUGAGUGCCCCAACUUGCUUGCGUCCUUGUGCAGCGUAAACUUUCUGAUAUUUCUUUUGGACUGUGGUCAAAUCUGACUCAUCCAUUUUAUAUAUGUUUUCCGGAAGAAAGUUAAACUGCUCUAGAGUAUUAGAUAGUGCUUGAAAAUAGGCUUGAAUAUUUGGCUUGUUAAAAGCCUGGGCUCUGGCCAAUGGGCUUCUGGGCAUCGCAAAGGUAUUUGUGGGUUACGUCUUAAAAAUCCCCUAACCCACUUCCAACCGGCAAUUUUUUUUCCGAUUAAAAUCAUGUUUUAUAUUAUUCCUCUCGGUUACUUCAAAUAUCAUCCGUCGCAAAUCUUUAGAAGUUAGUCCAAAAAAUCGUUUUUCCAUUUCAAUAAUAUGUUCGGCAAUCUCCUCUUCGAUGGCUUUAGACAACGUUGCUUUUCGUCCCCCCAAAUAUCUUUUAGAACAGUCCCGCUUAGCCAAACGUCUUCUUAAAGUUGUCUUCGGUACAUUGAAGGUUUUGGCUGCUAACUUAAAGCCCAUAUUGCUAUUUCUUACAUUCUCAAUAGCCUGUCGCAUGUCAUAUUCAUCCCACUGUUGCCUUUUUUUGGAUGCCAUAUUUAAACCUAAAAAGAAAAAAAUAUAUCUAUAGAAUAAUUAAAUAUGUACAUUGUUGCCAAUGACGGACCCCUGGUCCUUCAUAAGACAAUUUCAAGGGGUCCAUCAUAGGCUGUUUAGCACAAAUCACAUAAUUAAAACACGUAGUUAAAACGAAACAGUUUUCCUAAACAGCAGUGAGAAAAACAGAUUCUAGCAAAUAAUAAAACAAAAGUUAUCUAACAUUAGGUUAACCUACUUUGUUAUAUCAGUACUUACCAAUUUUAACUUUUCUAUUUAUUUUCAUAAAAUCACUUUAUAUUUGCACGAGUACAUAUAAACAACUAAAGAAAAGCUUUAAUCAACCUAACCAAUGCGACGAAAAUGUAUUUUGCGCGGUAAAUUUAAAUAUUUAACUAGUGAUCCAUCAUGGGCAGGGAUCUAUCGUAGGCAUAUUUCCCCUAUUUGAUUUGCGAUUAUAUUUUGGCAUCUGAAACAAUACAAAAAAACAUUGUAUUUCAACAAGAAUAAAUUUAAAAAGCCGACGGACACCUAAGAGAUAUGAACAUUUUCGAAAACAAACUGGCAUGUAAUUUACCUUAGUUAAAUAGCUCCACCAAUAAAUAAAAUAACAUUUAUUAGUUUACACCAGAUUCGGAAACAAAAACAGCUCUAGAAGCAGUCCAAUCUCUUGUUCACACACACAAAAAUUAGAGUGAACAACCCAAAUAACCGCCAAGUGAAAUUACAUACGCGUUGGUGAAGAUAAAUGUUCCGUCGGCGGCGUUACUUAAACUAAUGACUAAGAGGUGUCACGACGUGUAUGGAUUCGACUAAUAAACCGAUUGUUUUUAUUGAUAUGACGCUGCGCACUAUUAGCCGCCGUGCACCUCAUUACCCGACUCUCCCCUAAACUUACAACAAUUAAUUUGUCUUAAUAACUCUUGUUAAAACAGUAUAAUAGGAUCACCGCUGUCACAUCCUUGGGGCCGACUGGAUAUAACAUGCAUGAAAUCUAUUUGAUGUCGAUAUAUCGAUGAAUCGAUAGACUUAUCAAUGUUUAAUGACCGUUUCUAUGCGCGGCUCCUUUGAUGAUAGAUGAAACAGUAACAAUGAAAAUGAAACAUUGGUGGAGGCAACUAUACGAUGCACAAACAAAUAGCAAUAUGCUAUCCCUGAAUCUAGAACGUUUAGAUUGUUAAAUUAAUUAUUUUUUACAUUUUAUUUCGGUAUGAAAACUUACAUGCUUUUUGUAAUUUUACGAUUUUUUAAAUUUUUAUUCCAUUUGACUUCAGAUUGAACUUUCAUCUAGUCAUUCUUAGCUCACAAGUUUAGCCUGAACCUUAAAGUAAUUAAUAAAAAGACAAUUAGUGGACCAAGAAAACUGCUUUAGGAAAUCGCCUUGUUGGUUUUUUGGUGGCGUAAAUUUUGACAUAAAAAAAAAACUGUGUAUAGUAAAGUUGAUGCCGCCUUGUAAGCUAAACAUGCUAAGAGGGGCCUGUUAAAUCAUCUGUUAAGUAACUCGAGUAACCAAAUAGAAUUUAAAGGAUUUAUAAAAUAAAGAUAUAGAACAGAAUCUAUUGACUUCGAUUUUAUAUUAUAUUUUCUAAGACUGUUGACCGAGUGUAUUAGGCUAGAUAAUUAAACAGACCUUUCUUGCUCUUUUAACUUGGACUAUAAUUAGGGACAAUCCUUUAGAAAUUAUACCUUGUUAUAUAUAACCUAGAUUUAAAUAUGCACCAAUAUUUAUAGUCAUUUAACACGUCUAAGUAGAAAAAAUAUUUCGAAUAAAGGGAAUAUGCCUAGGAGUAACUAAACUAUCCAAUAAUAAGUCGCCAAUGAAAUUUUUUACCCUAAUUUUCACACAUACGUAACAACUAGUAACAGCUAGCAACAGCUGGGUGUUUUUUUCAACAUUAUUAUAGAUAGUUUAAAAUUUUAAGAUCAAUGUAAGUUGACUCAUUUGCUUUAUGAUUUGCAAGGUUCUCCUUUAGAGCAAAUUUAAAAAAUGGAACAUUUAAUGUUUUAUUACUGAAUGCUGAAAUAUCGGCCUAUUUUAAAUAUUUGGUAAUGGCUGGCUUUCAGAACUGUUCGUAGUGGCUGUCAAUAUGAGACAAGAAAAUAAGAUUUUAGGAAUUAAAAGUUUUACAGUUAGAUUAUUUUAAGCUGAUAUUAGCCUAUGGGGAUGCUGUUUUCCUAUUUGUAUCUUUUAGUCUACUUAAUGUAAAAUGGAAAAAAAUUGAGUAAAUAUUUGUUUUAAUGAUUAAUAUUUUAUGAUACCCGUUUAGAUAUACAGAGAAAAUUUCAUGAGGAAUAGUGUGCAAAAAUGUGUUAAAGAGACAAAACAUUAUUAGAUGCAAAAUCAAACGUUCCUCUGUAUAUUUAAAUUAUCGUGGGUUUUUUUAAAUAAAUUUAUUAAGGUUGGUUCAUUUUCAAUUAUAAGCACUGUAUAAUGCGUUGUUUAUAAACCAGUCUCGGUAUGUAAUACGAGAUAAUUAAAAUAUCGAACUCGUUCGCUUCUGUUCCCUAUUUAACCCGGCGUAGUGCCAAUUUCUUAAAAUUAAUAUUGAUAAAAUUAACCAAUAGUUUAGAACGAGGUAUUAUGGAAAAUCGGCUUUCGUUAUUUAUUGUCCAUUCUCAAUCAAGUGGCUAGACAUUAACAAAUCACCUAAGAGUGCGUGUACAGUGGUAUAUGUCUGGUCUGUUGGAUGUGAAUGGAGUGUAGAUAGAAAGGAGAAUCGAACGUUGUAAAAGCAAAGAAAAGUCAGCUUAAAGUGAUCUUAAAAUUUACUCCAAAAUAAAAUUUUUGACAGAAACAUUUACAUGAAGAGGGCAAAUGCUGGCUAAAAUGUCAUGUAAUUUAAUUAAUCAAUACCUACUCAAAAUUUACAUAGUGUAAUUAACACGUUGAAGGGUGCGGCGCCAGUUUUAUAAUAACGUUAUAUCUGAUCUAAAAAAAUAUAAAAAGCAAUCGUUCUUUUGGAACUUUUUUUUUUGAGACGCAGAUAGACGUCAGAGGCUGUACAGCGUCAAAUAAUUUUUUGCAGUAAACUUAGUUAUUACGGGAGUACCAGGAUUUUUUUCAGGCCAGUGAUCUAAAUUUUUUCUUUUUAUGUCUAGAUUAGGCUGGCUGGAUAGAUUGUCAGUUCGUCUGCUAUGGUUCUUAUGUCACUAGAUCUUUAGCUUCCAUAUUUUGGCCAAUUUUUAGUACCGAUUUGAUAAGUCGAUACAAUAUUUGCGAUAGAUGUAAAAUGCGUUCCAUACGCAUAUAUCCAAAAGAUGAAAAAUUACUUUUUUUAUACCAACAAACUAAUUUUCGUAGCGAUGAGUUCUAACUUCCUCUGGUUUGAUUUUUUCUUUGCCAAAUUUAUUUUUCAUGGUUAUAAGACGUGGAUGGUUACGUGUUGUUUUAACAAGUACGUCCCUCUUGUCUUUACCUUUUGAAACAAAAACUCGUUGAUUGGAUUUAAGAGUCUCAUUUGCGUGAGUCUUAAUGCUUAGUAGUGUAUCCGAUCGUUCAAAGCUAUAGCAUUUGUCCACGAACAAUUCAUGUCCCUUUAAGAGGUAAGGUCUCAUUAACUUCAGUACUAGAGCCGCAACUUUGCUAUUACUUGAAUCAUUAUUUCUUUAUUCAAAAAAUAGCAAUCUGAGGUUGUUAGUUCAAGAAACUGUAUCCUGUACCGAGAUUUUUUGCCCUCUAAAACCAAGGCGACCACGAAAAUGCAAUAGACUUUCGCGAGUGAAAAUUCUUUCCCAGAUAGCACAAAUCUAUCCAAUGAUUAUCCAUUAGAUAUCACCUUUUGAAUAAAGGGACUGUCCGAUGGAUAUCCAUGUAGCGACAGCAAGUAUUCAGUGCAUACUACGAAUGAAACACUCAUGUAAAUCCUUUUGUACACCAUUUGUGGAUACCCGCUGGAUUCCAAUAUCGGAUAUUUAGCGUUACGGUUUUAGCUCGGGAGCAAUAAAUGGUGCGUAGAUCUCAUAUUUUAAAUUAAAUAUCUAAAGUACGCAUAUUUUUUAAAAGCAGCAAAAACCUGUCCAGUGGUGGACGUUCUCUGGAUACCAAGCGAUAAUCCCUUAAAUCCCGAAGUUUAAUUCGAAGAUCGAGAAACUCAACUUCUCGGCCUGUUACUGUUGAAGAGAUGAUGCUAUUUUUAGGUCUAUGCUUGCUGCAAGGGCAAAUACCUACUCCUAAUAUGCGCCGUUCCUUUUCGCACUGAGAUAUGCUUUAUUUACUUACUAUAUGCUCAUCUUAUAUUUGGCUAUAUUAGGUCGGAAAGGCGAUUCGAACAGUUGCUUAGGGUCAUAUACUACUCUUCUCCUCAAACAAAGAGUAAAGCAAAAAUACAAUUAGUGCAACAGAGUGUCCGGUAACCUAUACGGAUAUCCAGUGGGUAUACCAAUUUCGGCAUGACUAAAGAUAUUUAUUAAAAAAUAAUGUUGUAUAUUCCAGGGGACCUUCAUAUAUGGAUACGUCAUUACAUUUUGAUAAUUAUUUAUCAAACCAAACGGCAAAAGCAAAAAUGACAUACUUUAACGACUCCUAUAAUCUCAUACAUAUAUUUGCUUACAAUUAAGUAGGGUGCUUUAAUGAAAAACUAAGUUGGUAGUGGUCAAGAGAUGAAAGCAAUAUAUGAAAUAAUCGUAUAUUCAAAAUUCGGCUUGAUCUUCUUGUUUGGGUUUAGAACUAGCAACUAAGGCCCCACCAUAGUCAUUUGUACAUUGAAUAAGAAAGUCUAGAAUAUUUGGCGUAAAAAACAGUUCAAACACUUCCAGAGAAUUUGAGGUAGGGGAACACGGGGUACAAUGAAACACAAAUUUAAUUUUAAUUGUUUCUCUUUUUCGAUAUAAGUCUAUUAGGUUUAAAUGUGUUUUAAAAAAUGUCCUUCGGUACUAGGAGUACAUGUAUAGAAGUAUCAAGAGCCUUAUAACUACCUAUUUUGUCCAACAAACUAUUGAAAUUUAGGAAAAAAAUGUUUCAUUGUGCCCCACCACUGGGGCACAAUGGAACAAAUAUAGGGGCACAAUGCAACAUACCUAGAGUACUAUAUAACAAUGAAAUCGCUUUAGAAGUAUUCUCAAUAAAAGACCUAAAUAUUUUUAGAAUUUUAUUUCAGUAAAAAAAAUGGAAUAUAAGUACAGCCAAAUAGCGAAAUAAUUAAAACGUUGAAUAUAAUCAUUAGCCAAUAUUUAUAUUGGUAAAGUCGAUUCCGAAAGAAAUAUAUUGUUUUUGGCGUUGGGUUGAUCCUGCAAAAACUGGGUUCCCUAAAACCAUCUUAAUGCUAUUUUCAGCGACUAGUGAUACGUCUGGAACUGAUGGCUCUACAAAUUUGUUAUAUCCUUUUUUUCUAAAAAAAUUUAUCUCGUAAUCUCCAUUUGUAUCUUUUCCUUUUGUAACAAUUCCAACGUAGAACUUAUUAUUGUGUCGGUUUAAUUUAAAUUCCACCAGUACAUAAUCAUUUGGCAGAGGUGACCUAUCCAGAUUUACGAAAUGAUCUUCAGUCACGAUGAAAAGGCCUUCAUCGUCGUCUAAGUCGUCAUCAGUCUCAGUGUAGACUACAUCUUCUUCUUCAGAUGAUGAGUGCUCCUCUUCGAUUUUUUUAAAUUUCUUUCUAGCAUCUUUGUCAAAAUCCGUUAUUUUUCUUUUGGCAGUUUCUUUCUUUGAUGCUGAUACCGCAAUUUUAUUGCCAAGUGCGGUCAUUUCCGGGGUACUGGUUGCAAUCAUACUUUUUCCUUUUGCUCGAGCCUUUCUGUUGUUUUUUCUAUUGCCUGCCUUGGGAAAUCCCCUAAAAUCUUCAGGUCCACAUAAAGUAUCUCCGUUAUUACUGUUGCAAGUAGAAGUACUGGGGUUUUCAAAGUCGUUAUUGAAGCUUGAGGUAUUAUUGGCAGAUACUUCGAUUUCCAUUGCUGAGUUGUUUGUUUUUUUAGCAGGAGUAUUACUUGGCGAAGAAUAAUGCUCUUUUUCUUGACUAGAAGUAGUUGGUAAUUCGACCAUUGGUCGGUCGGUAACAUAAUUACAUAAAUAAUCGGCAUCGGUAAAAACAUGUCUAUCGUAUGGGUAAAUUCCUGUUUUCUUAAAGGCCGCGGUGAUGUUUGAUGCAGUCAUUCCUCUCUCGUGAGCAAUUUUUACAAAGCCAGCAACAUUGUAGAUAGUUGCUGUUUGGCCAGGAUGCUGCAUCAUCCAAGUAUCUAUUGCAGCAUUGUAAUACGUUUUAAAUGGCUUAAACACACCCACGUCUAACGGUUGCAAUUUAUUGGUGGAAUGUGGGGGAAAAGUUAACAUAGUCACUCUAUUUUGUUUGCACAAAUUAAGUGCCUCUAACGACAAAUGACUCUCGUGAUUGUCGCAUAAAAUUAGAGUGGGCGAUUGCAUGCUACUUUUUGUAUGGUGUAUGAAAUGUUUCAUAACUUCAACAAAUAAUACUGAAGUCAUCCAGCCGGACGGAUUUGCCAAACCAAGAGUACCAGUAGGGGCUUCCUGCACCAUGUGAGGCUUAAAGUGUACGCGAGGAAAUAUCAUAACGGGGGGAAUAAAGUUUCCACUUGCUGAGAUGAAACAACAGGUUGUGACGUUAGUACCCUUUUCAGCAGUAGUGCACUUACUAACUUGCUUGGAUCCUUUUUCGGCAAUUAUUUUUUGGGGUUUUUGAACUGUGCAUGUACCUGUUUCAUCCAGAUUAAAUACUCGUGUUCCACCUGCAAAGUGAGUAUUUGCGUAAACCUUAAGCAAAUUAUCAAAAAAUGCAUCCACAUUUGCUUUUGUGAAAGAUGUAGCCCGGGACAAGCUACAUCCCUCAGGCGUUCGUUGACUAAGCGAUGGAUUUCUUUUUAAAAACCCAUAAAACCAAUCUUGUCCUGCUGAUUUGUUAACGUCCCAUGAUUUUGGAUGUUUUAUUUUAUUUAUCACAGCCAUUUCAUAAGCCAGCUUCUUGCAUUCAGUUACUGGGAGACCAUAAAACAUUUUGGAACACAUUAGCAAAUAUUCCUUUAGUUUAUUUUCUUGUUCCACAUUAAACACUUGUCUAACAUUGUAGUUCGGAACAAACUUUAAAUUUGUAUCACUCUCAUUGUUUUUUUUCUUUUUCACAUACCUGGAUAAUGUUACGAAGUUAACGUUUUUUAGUUCUGCUGCCCGUCUGAUGGAGUGACCUUGACAAACUAGCUCGACUGCAGCUUUCAUGUCAUUCUCAAGAAACGAACCUUUAUUGGUUUUUCUUUGACGAUUUCGAACCAUACUGGAAUAAAAUAGAAAAAUAUUCGUAGAAAAAGAAAAAUAAUUACACGAUUUAAAUGUUAUGGGGCACCUUGAAACGUUUCAAAGAGCCCCGUCGAGUAAUGUUUCAUUGAACCCCAAACAUCCAUAUUGUUUAUUUUAUGCCAAAAUAAAAAAAUACAAAAGGAUUAGAAAAAGGAAAAUACAUAAAAGUAAAUAAAAAAUAUAAACGUUUCGAAUUAAGCUACCCAACUAAGUAAAAAAUUGCAAUUACUUACCUUAAAAUCAAAAUAUGCUCCUACGUAAAAAUUUAGUUUUAGCACCAAGAAAUACACUUCUCUCGACAGCGUCCGAACUACUACUGCGGUUUUAAGGAAAUAAAGAUGACGAGAGCUGGUAGCGAUCGAAGCGCCACUGACAGUAACAGAUUCUCUUUUAGCCGCGAAAAUUUAAAAUGAGAACAAUGUUUCAAGGUGCCCCGUGUUUCAACGUGCCCCGUGUUCCCCUAUGCGCAAUAUUUGCUUUGAUACCACUACGUACUUAUUUUUGGCACAGGUAGCGUAUAUUUUUAUUUUGUGGUUCAGAUCUAGCGUCUUGUAAAUUGAUUGAUACCUCUUUGUCUUCUAAUUGUUAUUCUUAUACUCUUUUUUAGCUUUUGAAACUACACUAAUUCAGCAAAUUACAAAUAACCGAUAGCAAGUACAAUAAAAAUAAACAACUACUUACCUUAUUAAUCUACGAAACCUGCGUAGAAAACAUAAAUUGUAAAGUACGUGUAGCACACCUUACAACAGAGCGUCACUACCUCAUAUACAUAUAAGGAUAGGUACAUGAAACCGAGCACUACUUUGUUUUUAACUAAAUCAUAUAAAUUAGUAAGUUCGAUGCUAUAUGUAUUUAAAAAAAAACGUUUGACGCUAUGUAGCAAACUGUUGCAAAGUAGGUUGAAAGAAUUGAUGCUGUACAGCGUGAUCGCCCUUCAACGUGUUUGGCCACUUAGGCACAUAGAGUAUUUUAUUACAACCAAAUAGCCAUUGUUAAUUUGGUAAACGUAUUAUGUGCCUAAAUUGUUAAAGUUUUAAAAUUUUAUUGGCAUUACAUUCGUCUGAAAACUAGGGUAAAAAUUUAUUGUAACAAGCAUAUAAACUCCUAGGCGUAAUCUUUAUUGAAUGAAUAGAUGCUUUAUGUAAACAUCAAGAUAACGAAUCUAUUCAGCAUAGUAUAGUUUUUGGUUGUCUUUCUUUUACUGUGCAAUCUAAAAAGGAAAAAAUAUAGAAGGUGCUUAUAAAUGAGUGAUCUCAAUUAUUAUAAUAUGGAGAAGGUCAGGUUAUAUUAUUAUUAGUUUGCAAUUUGCAAUUGAAAAAUGCAAAUGAAAUUCAAUUUUGAGGCAAUAUUCUAUUGAAUAGUAGUCAUUGUCCAAACUAACCGUCGUUAAUUGGAAAAAAAUAUCGAGCAACUGGGCUAAUUAUAAUUAUUACAAAUGUAUGAAAACAUUAAUUCCAACAAUUAAGAAAAGCAUUAGCUAGUUAGGUAUUCUGCUAAACCAUAUGUUAGUGAACAGUUCAACAAAUUCGUCGAGUUGAACACUAUUUAGGAAUUAAAACAUUGUUUUUUUUUUUAGACAUAUGACUGCUUUGCAGGCAUUUUUCUUUUCUUAGAUUUAAAGCAAUAAGCAGCUAUUUUUGAAAAAAAACCAAAUAGUAACAAAAUUUGCUCUGCUAUCUAAUAAUAAGUGAACCUCUCCUCAUACUACACCUUCUAUAUCAUUUAUUUUAUCUUGCAUAAAUUAUAGAUAGUAGUAAAUGUCUAACGAUUCUAAAAUGCCAAAAUUAUAUAUUACAGUAUAAAAAAAGAGUGGCAUUGCUAGUUAACCCACAAAAGAAAUGAUUUUAUUAAUUUAUUUUUAACCUGUAUCUGAAGUUGGGUAGGUAUAAUUUUCUAUGAGACUUUUUAUAUGUUUAUAGUCAUAAAUUACAAAAAAUCUCAUUUCUUGCUCACUAGUAUAAAAGAAACGAAAAGCAAUGUUACCUAAAAGAUUAGACAUCUACAGAAUAAGAUUUGAAUUUGAAAAUAAUGUUAAAUUAGUAUUAUUUUAGUUGAUAGAAAAGCUGUGAUUUUGAUUUUUCAGGCCCUGUACUUAAUGGAACUUAAGUAUAGGGUUUAAAUUUUUAAAUGUAGAAGUAGAUCGGAGACUUCAGGUUUUCCUAACGCUCUAUACUCGUGCUAUAAUUAGUUCUAUUGCGAGUUAUUUCUUAAGCUUUUAGCUUUAAUUAAAUGGGCGGCUCUCAGUAGAUGUCGUGUUGUGCAAGGCAGUAACCCAGUGUAGUGUAGCAGCACCAAAUUAAAAGACAUUUUCUUCUCAUGUUAUAUUAACAUAAUUUAUUUCUUCUAAAUGGUUACUACAAAUUAAUAUAAUUAGCAUAUUGGUAUUGCUAUAUAACAUUAAAUGGAUUUUACGGUACAAAUAAAUAUUAACAUAUUAAAUAACUUUACUCAUGAUAAACAUGGAAUUUACUAAUGAUAUUAAAAGAGUUGCCUCUUUUUGCGCUUUUAUAAUAAUUUAUCCAGUAGCCUAUAAUAUGUAAUCUAAAAAAAACAUAAUUUUUAUAUCCUGUAUAUUUUUCAAAAAACAUAAAUUUAAUGUCACUAUGCCAUUCUCUUUGGGCAUAUACAAGUAUAUGCAAAUUUGGUAUAUUUAAAGUAUAAGUAUUUUGAAAUUAAAGUAAAUAUGAUUAAUAUACACGACUGAAAAAAAUAUUUUUGAAUAUAGCUUAAUCACAUUUUAACAAAAUAUAUUUAUUAUAAAAAGUAGAUUUUCUGUCCCAUUUGCGGACGCAUUGAACACAAUCAUUAAAAAUAUAGGUUAGAGCCUUUUUGAAUACAGGGUUUAUAAACAAUUAUACUAGAGAAAAUUAUAUCAUGGCUAUAAGUGGUUGUCUUUGUAUUAUUGCUUUAAUUGAUUUAUAAAACGUAUUCUUAAUACGCUAAAGUAUCUUCAGAUUCAACGUGUUGCCUCGAAUUGUCGCAAUACAAAAAAAUUAAUUGCUUGCCUACCGUAGGCUUCAAGAGAUAUACUGAAGGACAGCUUUGAAGAGAAAAUUUGCAAGUUAAACUAGCUCUUGAAUUGAAUUGACACUUGAGAAAAACUUUUCAAGCAUCAUGCAACAUGGCGUUAAAAACAGCAUAACGUUACUACCAUAUCCUUGCAGGACGGGUAUUUUUAUUUUGUAAACUUAAGCUAAGAUUUUUAACCCUUAACUGGUGACCCUAUUUUUAAGUAUACAAAUGAGUCUGCCAGACUCUUAGUUAAAGCUGAUUUUUCUAAAAGUUACCAAAAAAGUUGAAAUAAAAAUUUCUAUAUAAAACACUCAAUUGACGGAAAAGACGUUUAGAAGUUAUUAUACUCUAAUGGUGCAAUUCUUACAAAUUUUCGAGAACACUGCAAGCAUAUGGGUUUUUGGCACUUGGUACAUAAAUAUGCAGUCUUCCUUCGUAAUUUGGAUGGGCAGAUAUAGCGAUACUUCCUUAUUUCAAGCUUUUCUUCUUGAUCAUUAGCCUUGUUGUGGGGAAUACCAAGGAUACUUCCGAUAAGUUCUUUCAGUGGCUUUUGCAUUGUUGGCAUUUCAAACCUUCUUUGUAAAUUCAAUUUCAGAUUCAGCUUUCACACAAUUAAAUAUGAUGCUGAUUGUUAAAUGAUAUACAUUGAUUUGUUUUUGAUAAUUUUAUUAUACAUAUAGGGGAGGCCGGGGUUAGUUGAAACAAUUUUCAAAAAUAAUUUUUUUGUAAAAAACUGAAAACGGAGAAAAAAUAAUCAAAAUGCAUAAAGAAUUGUAAAACCCUCUUUUAUUAAUUAUUAAAUAAUUAACACGCCUCUCGUUUAUUAAAAUAAUUUGUUUUUCUACAAAAUAACGAAAAAACUUAGAAUAACGAAUAACUUAGGCACGCUGUUACAACUUGCCCCAAGUCGGGGUCAGUUGAAACUGGACUGGGGUUAUUUGCAACAGUAGGUUUUAUUAACCUAUAUUAUUUUCUAUAGAUAUUAAAAACUAAAAAAAGAACUGAUAGGAAUCUAAUACUUAAAAACAUACAAAAGGACAAGACUAAAUACGUUCUGCAGUUAGUCUGCAAUCUACAUGUCAUCAUCGGAGUCGCAAUUCUGACAUACGAAAAAUGGCGUUAUGUUAGUACACUCCUCAUGGGCCCAAUAAUGGUACUGAGUGCACUGCACCCAUUUUUCUUUUGGGCCAGAAAUAUUAAAAGACCCCCCCCCCCUAAAUUAGGCAAAAUGUUUCCUCUUCCUCCUCCUCUGAGCUGCAGGGUGCCUUCGAUUUUCGAGAAGGGCGGAAUUCUGUUGUAGUCUCUGAUUUCGAUAUGUUUCUUUUUACCUUUUUUUUUAUUCUUUUUGAUUCUUUUGCUCAUGCAUAAGUUCAAGCUCUUGCUUAUUCGGUGUGUCGGUCCAAAUGGUGGAUUUGCCUCGCUUUCUGCCUUUUCUUGUACCAAUGCGUUCUGCAGCCUGUGAAGUGGGUCGUAAAUCUUCUGGAGUAAAUCGAUACUUGUGAAUACUAGUGGAUGGAACAGGUUGUUCUAUAAUUUGCGGUUGACAACUUCUAACUCAUCGUUGUUUGAAGUCUUUUCAAGGGUAACAAGAAGUGGGGGCAAGUGAGUCUGUGCUUCCCCAUUUUCUUCUACCUCAUGGGCAAUUACCAGUGGUCGGUCACUAACUGCAGAAGGCAGAAUCUCGUCCUCACUAAAGAUAUGCCGAUUAAAAGGGUAUAUUCCCGAUACUUUAAAUCCAGCUUGGAUGUUGCUCGGUAUUGACGCUAAUGGUAGUGCUUCUUUUGCAAUCGCAGGAAUGUUAUAUAUCGUCAUUGUUUUGCCUGAAUUUUUUCGCAUCCAGGCAUCCCUGGCAGCAUUGACAUAUUUUUUUAAGGGCCCGUAGACAGAGCGGUCUAGUGGCUGUAAUUUGUGGGAACAAUGCGGGGGCAAACUAACCACUAUUAUCCGAUUUUCUUUACAAAAAUUAAUACCGUUUAAGGAUAAAUGGGAUUCAUGAUUAUCCAAUAGCAGCAAGACAGGUUUUUCCUUUGUGGCUCUAGUGUGUUUUCCAAAAUGUUUUAAGAAAAUAACAAACUCAGUUUCUGUCACCCAGCCGGAAGGAUUGGCCGCUCCAAUACAUCCAGGAGGACCAUUAUUAACAAAAUACUCCCUGUAGUUUUUUCUAGGGAACAAAAACAUUCGAGGAAUUGAGUUUCCAUUUGCGUUAACUGCAAAGCAAAAUGUGUCCAGAGUCCCUCUUUCGGUCGACGUCAUAAAUCCUACUUGUUUCGUCCCACGUUUCGCAAUUACCCUGUCCGGCUUUUGUACGGUCGUCAUGCCCAUUUCAUCCACAUUAUAUAUACCUUGGGGCUCAAAUGUAUAGCGGUCCAAAACUUCCUGCAAAAGGUCAAAAAACUUUGCGCGACAUUGUGUUUAUUAAAGCUCGUUGCACGACUAAGGCUUGUUGCUUCAGGACACCUUAGAGAUAAUGUGGGAUGACGUUUGAGGAAAGCCGACAGCCAAUCUGUUGACGCCAUAUGAUUAUCUUUCCAAUAUGUUCUUACUUCUAUAUUAUUGUGAAUGGUAUAUUCAUAGGCCAAAGUAUAAUUUCGACUGUUCGAUCAAAUAAGAUGCCAACUCUUCCUUCAUGUCGUCAGGCAAAACCUGACGGGGUCGUUUGUAUCCAACUUAAAGCGGUAUAUCUAAAUUUAAAAAAAAUCAGCCGUGAAGACAAGACCAAAGAAAAUAAUCACUGGACAACACAACAAAACAUUAAAUUAAAUAUUCUUAUUCUAUAGGUAAUGAUUUACCUUCUUCAUCCGCCUGCUGUUUUCUUUUGCAAAAACCUCGUAAGGUCGAAUAAUUAAUGUUAAAAUCAGCAGCCGGUGUUCUGAAAGAUUUUCCGUUGUUUAUAACCUCAUGGGCAGCCUGUUCAAAAACAUCCACAGGCGUCUUCCCCCUUUCAGUUUUUCGCUUGUAAGUUCGCAUUUUAUACCUUAAAAAAACACAUAAAUUGUUGUGGGGAACAUGCCAAAAACAGAGCUUCUGACGGUAUUAGUCUGAGACCCAAUAGACCUACAAAUUUGUUACGCGCGCGAUGAAUAUCUCUCAUGUGUAUUAUUCGUUCUCUCUAUGUUUUAUAUAUAUAACGUACAUACAAAAUCGUUUGGGGGUAAGUUGAAACAAGUGUCCACUUACCCCCACAGGACUGUUUCAACUAGCCCCACAGGACGGCAUUUUAUUAUAUUUUUCAUAACUAAAACUAAACCGAAAAAAUCAUGCAUUUGAGAGUAGAAUAUCAUAAAACAUACCUUCGUUCACUAUUUUUCUAAAAAUAUUAUUAAUCCUUAAGGUUUUUACACUGUUAUGAAAGAACAACUGCGUCGCACUUUAUUUACUCGACCAGCUUAAAAACUUAAAAUGUGUGCUUGCUCUCACAGUUGGAAGCCGACUGAUCUACGGGUACACUCGAUCUACAGGGCGAGCUAAAUCGAUAUUUUUCGAUACUCCUGCCAUCUACCGUUUUCGCGUGAAAGCGGAUGUUUCAAGUUGCCCCUGUGUCAACUAACCCCGGUCUCCCCUACUAUAUAUGUUAAUAAUAAACGUUUACGUUUAUCGAUUGUAUAAUUACUUUGCUUGCUGACAGACAUGUUCUGAAUGAUAAUGAUGUACUUCUUCCUCUACCACUCGCCGUCUUGGAGCUCUCCUCGCAUCGGUACAAUGUUGUCACGCGGUAAAAAAAAAGUAAAAUUUAAAUGAAAUUUUAUACAGGGCUUAACACAACUUAUUGUAAUAGCAAUCAAUUAGCCGCGAGUAUUUAUAACAUACGUAUGUAUAAUAAAUUUUAAUUAGUUCCCGUUAAGCUUAUUAAUUGGUUCGAAAACCUGUCCUAGCCAGAGAUAAAAUUGCCAGACUUGAAGCGUUUAAUAUUUACAAAGUGAGUCGUAUUCAGCGAUUAUUUAUAACUGGAUAAGUUUACUUUAAGUGAAGUUUUAAAAAUCCUGUUAAUUGUAUAAAGCAAUCACGCUUUAUUCAAUGCAUACUAACUAAAAGGUAGCAAAAAAAAUUAGUGUAAAAUGAGUUUUGCUACUCUAAUAUAUAUUUUUCUAUUAUUUGACUUUAUAGAUUUUCUUUUUUAGUUUUAAAAACUGUCCUUCAAGAGUAUCACUAAACAGUAAAAUAAUUGAUGAUUGGAUCGUUUUUCCAAGUGUUUUAUAAGUCAAUUCUCAAGUUACCUAAGAUUUAAGUAAAAGUAAGAUUUUGAAUUUAUUGAUAUUAAGCGUGAAAAAUAUUAAACCAAUACAAUUCUAAUAGAGGAGUAUUAAUCCACUUUAUCGUUUUGAGAUGCAUAGUAAAUAUAGACUGAAGCCGAAGGUCUACUCGUCUUACGUCAAAACAUACUUACAAGACAAAACAAGUUUUCAAAUGAUUUUGGAAUUACCGACAUUUACUUAUUUUUAAGAAACCUAACAUUUCUUUGACCAGUGACUAGUAAAUUAUAAAGACAAAAAAAUAUAUAUUCCGAUAUUAUUAAAACUUAGGCACUAGUUAUAUAAAAAGCUUUUUGCUUGUUUACUACACAACACGACUAUAAAAUGUUUGUUUAGAUUUGUGUAGUUUUGUAUCUUUAACCAUAUCGUGCUAUUAUUACAUAUCUGUUUAAAAAUUACCCUGAACUUUAUAUGGGUUAGUUAGUACCUAUUAACCACACCUGUAGUGUUUUGCUCAAUAUGUUAUUCCUUUAAUUUCCGUAGUUGUUGUUGAAUUAUAGAAAUAAACAUUUUUAAUACCGUCUUACCUUUUAUCCUAGGCUGCGUUUUUCAAGCAUCAAAAAUAUGAUAUUAAAACAAUGUAUUAAAUUCAAAAGCUGUGAUAAUUAAAGAAAUCUGUCAAGUUUUUAGGCAUGAAUUAUUACUUGCCCAAGUUAAAAAUGUUUAUUUUAAAAAUUGUUUUGUUAAGUUUUUUACCGUUUACGUCAUAUAUGCAAUUGGUAAAAUACACGUUUAGAAUAAAGAGGCAUAUAUAUACAGCAAUGGAUCGAUGUUAGUUUUCUGCACAUUCAACGCUGAUUUAUCUAUAUGCAAAAUGUUGAUAAAAAAAUUUAGUGUAAUACAGUUUUUUUGUUUAAUAAAGCGUGACAUUUA